AUGGGCAUUCGGACUAACAGCCAGAAGUGGACGCUGGGGCUGAUCUUCCUGGGGGUAGUGGUGAUCCUGUGGGUGCUCUCAUCGUUUCUGAUCAACCAGAUCUUCGAGGACGGGUUGUAUCGCAAGCCGUUCCUGCUCACUUACAUCAACACGGCAUCGUUCGUGUUCUACCUGCUGCCGACGUUCCGCGCGGUGUGCGCGAACUACUGGGCCACGGGCAGCUUCCACAUCCGGCGCGAGCUCGUGCUCGAGGAGGAGGGCCCGCACGAGGAGCGCGAGCUGCCACUCGACGAAGAGCAGGGCGCUGCGAGCGCGGCCGCCGGCGCGGCCGCGGCGGCGACCACGCUGUCGCCGCUGAUACCCAAGGACAGCGCCGAGGCGCCCAACGAUGCUUUGACCGGCGCAAAGCUCUCUCUGCGCGCGACCAUCCAGCUCAGCGGCCAGUUCUGCAUUCUGUGGUUCCUCGCUAACCUCGUGACCAACGCCUCACUCUCUUACACCUCCGUCGCGUCGCAGACCAUACUGUCGUCGACGUCGUCGUUCUUCACGCUGCUGAUCGGCUCGCUGUUCCACGUUGAAAGCGUCAACCGUGUCAAGGUCCUGGGCUCCGUGAUUUCCUUCGUCGGCAUCGUCUUCGUCACCAAGUCCGACGCGGACAACACCGCCAGCGCGGGUGAGGUCCACUCCGCGGUCCCCUACAAGUUCCACAACGGCAUCUCUUCAGACAACACCGAGGCCUUUGUGAUCUUCUGCGGCAACCUGCUGGCGCUUGCCGGCGCGCUGUUCUACGGCCUGUACUGCACGCUGCUCAAGUGGCGCAUCAGAGACGAGACAAGGGUCAACAUGAAGAUCUUCUUCGGGUUCGUGGGCCUCUUCACGCUCGUGCUACUGUGGCCCACCGUCGUCCUUCUGCAUUUCCUCGGCUGGGAGACCUUCGAGCUGCCCCCAACGCCCCAGGUGCUGGCGAUUGUCCUGUUUAACUGCGUCAUCACCUUCAUCAGCGACUUCUGCUGGGCUAAGGCGAUGCUCCUGACGUCCCCGCUGACCGUGACCGUGGGGCUCAGCACCACGAUCCCCUUUGCGAUGCUGGGCGACUUCUUAUUCAAAUCCAGGCCCAUGUCGUUCAUAUACCUACUGGGCGCGGCCCUGAUAUGCGCAAGCUUCUUUAUCGUGAACAAGGAAUCCGAGGAGGAGUUCCAACUAGAUGAGCACCAAAGUGUUGCUUAA